CCCUACAGAAUUUUGGAUAUCUCUCUUGCUCCUUAAACCCCUCUUAACACAGCCUCUCUCUCUCUCCCCCUCGGGCAAAGCAGAUAAAGCAAUAAUAAUGCAAGCUGCAACUCUCUCCUUUCGCCCUCCACCGCCACUCCAUCACUUCUCCACCAAACCCCAUCACCUCAAAUAUUCACUCUUCUCAUACACUCCUCCAAUUCCCACACUCUCUACUCAAACCCUGACAAGAAAAUACAUUUGCAAAGCCACAGCUGCUGGAAAGUAUGUCAGGGAAGAUUAUCUUGUGAAGAAGUUGUCUGCCAAAGAGAUUCAAGAACUGAUAAAGGGAGAACGGAAUGUGCCAGUGAUUAUUGAUUUCUAUGCCACAUGGUGCGGUCCUUGUAUUUUGAUGGCUCAAGAACUUGAAAUGCUUGCUGUAGAGUAUGAAAGCAAUGCACUUAUUGUGAAAGUAGACACAGAUGAUGAAUACGAAUUUGCACGUGAUAUGCAGGUUCGAGGACUACCUACAUUGUAUUUCAUAAGUCCAGAUCCAAAUAAGGAUGCUAUCAGAACUGAAGGGCUCAUCCCAAUACAAAUGAUGCGGGACAUUAUUAAUAAUGACUUAUGAUGAAUAAUUCAGUAGGUUCUUUGUUAGUGGAACUGUGCAUCCGAUGCUCCUUGCUGCUAUUGUCAAGCUGCCUUUUAUUUGUUCGUACGGAUGUACCAAUAUGUGGUUCUCAAUAUAAAUCUUCUGCAAUUUCUUUGUGAAUCUCUCCAGCUUGGUAGCUUCCUAGCAGUGUAAGAGUUAUAAGUUGUAACACAAAUUUUGCACUUGAAAUGAUUAAAACAAGUUGUGCAACAAACUGCAAUAUCUGAUGUUUACAUAGAAAUGAAUGUCUAGUGUAGAGUUCCUCUAGAUUGGAAGUGUUAUGUACUAUUCCAAAUGUUCUCAUGGUAGCUUCUUGUAAGUAGUGAAGUUAGAUUUUGAUAAACGGUUUGGUAGUUUGAUCUUGAAAUAUAAACUUUAACUUCGUUUAAGGAAUUGAUAGUUAGAUUUUGAAUUUAUCUUACAUGCCAUGACAAUCAACGAGAGUCAUAGAAGCAAAUAAUUUGGAGUUUCGUAAGAAGUUCACGUAUCUUUUCUACCUCUAUAAUUUAGGUGCCAAAUCUUUCUUUUUUCUCCUUUUUGUUUCCCAAGUUUGGACAAAUGUUUCAUAAAACUCAGAACAUAAAGGAAGAUUCAUUGAAACCCAAUCAUAUUUCACCAAUAUAAAGAGGAAAGACAAUAAAUUCACAUGCUUCUCUAUUCAAACGGCUAAAUAAAUUUUACAAAAAUGUGAGCGGUGGCCUCAGCAUUUUUAAAUGACAAGAUAUAGGAGAGAAAUGUUGAAGUCUAGUGUAAGUGAACUAUGUUUGAAAGCUAUGAACCCAAAAAUUACUUGUGAUUUGUACAGAAGAGAAAACAAGCAUAUUACCGUUAACCAGCUAAAACGAAACAUUCUGCAGAAAAAUCCCAUCUGGUUGAACUUCAGCAAUGACCGUAAA